CACCGGGUGAUCGGUUCCCCUUUCUGGAGAUAUGGCGUCAGGGCUAAACCCAGAGGAAGCCCCUCUGGACGAUGGAGCCAUCCCCUUGGAUAUUGAUAACGUCCACAUGCUACUGCAAGUGGAGCAAGAACAGAUUCAGAAGAGAACCUUCACCAACUGGAUCAAUGCUCAACUAUCUAAGAGGAGCCCUCCCACAACAGUGCUGGACCUGUUCUCUGACCUUAGAGAUGGCGCUCGCCUCCUUGACCUGCUCGAGGUGAUGAGCGGCCAGCGCAUGAAACGGGAGAGGGGCCACGGGUUUUUCCAGCACAGGGGUAACAUUCAGACAGCCUUGGACUUCCUCAAGAAGAAAUCGGUUAAACUGGUGAACAUCAACAUCCCAGACAUCAUCGAGGGACGCCCCUCCAUCAUCCUGGGCCUUAUAUGGACCAUCAUCCUCCACUGUCACAUUGAGGAGCUGGCCAGCACACUGUCUUUCAGCUCACGCCACUCUUCCCUGGACUCCCUGGCCAGUCUGGACUCUCGCUCCAGUAGCCCUGCCCUGGGAAGCCCAACCCCGGGUAGUCCUGCCCCUCGCGGGCGAGCUUCGCCCCUCCACACCCGCUUCCGCGUCUCGGCCAAGAAGGCCAUGCUGAUGUGGGUUCGAGACCAGUGCCAAAGAGCUGACUGCUCCCUCAGUGUCAAAGACUUUAAAUGCAGCUGGCGCAGUGGGAUGGCAUUCCUGGGCAUCCUGUGUUCUCUGAGACCAGACCUGGUGGACUUAACUCAGGCCCAGUCUAGAAACAACCAGCAGAACUUGGAGGAGGCCUUCCGUCUAGCUGAGCAGGAGCUACACAUCCCCCGUCUGCUGGAGCCCCAGGACGUUGACGUAAAAAACCCGGACGAAAAGUCCAUCAUGACCUACGUGGCCCAAUUCCUGCAGUAUUCCAAUGACCUCCCCACACCACCCGACGAUGAUGACCUGCAGCUGUUCACCCAGGCCCAGCCCCCCUGCCUUUCUCCUAUCAAUCUGCCCUCUCACUUCACCCCUGCCAUCGCUGUCUCUCCCCUGCACCAGGCCUCACCCAAUCGAAGGGCCCGGGAGGUGACCUGCUGGCUACAACGGGCCUAUCAGGAGCUGCUGGAGGUGUGGGCCUCCACGGAGAAAAAAGCCUAUGCAGAGCGGUAUCAGGCAUUCCAGGCAUUUGCGGUCUCCUUCAGUGAGCAGCGACGGCCAGUGAUGCCCCUGUUGGGAGCCAUGCGACGCUGCCCGGAGCCCAGCGAGGAGCAACGUGCCCUAAGAGCAGCCUGGGACUGCCUGGAAGAGAAGCUGCGACAGUGUAAGGCUGAGCUGGAUACGUAUCUCCCUGCGCCAAUGGACUUUGUCGGGGCGUGGCUUCACCGUAUGGAGGCAGUACUAUCUGAAGAGGGAGGAAAUGCUCAGGACCACGCCUGUGCUGCCAAAGAAGCUAGAGUCAAACAGGAAAAACUCAAGAAUUCAAUGGUUGAGUUGAGCAGCCACCUCAACAUCCUUCACACGUUCUGCAACCAGGCUGAGACCGGUGCUGUACUCGUGCCUGUGGAGAAGUUAGACGAAAUCAAGAGACGUUUCACCAACGCCCGUGUCACGGCUAAGUACCACGGGAUCAAACUGGAAUACCGGGAGCACCGGCACACCGUCCUGGAUCUACUGGCUCGAAUUGGUGCCAAGUUACGCUCCUGGAAAGGGCCCUACAGCUCCCAGGAUGCAGUGCGUCUGCUCCUACAGGACUGGCAUGACACAGUGGAUCGCCAAUGCCUAGUUUCUCAUCUGGUGGAUGCCCUCCAAAAAUUGAAACAGACAGCCAGCACUUACACAAGCAAGGCAGCUCUGGGUGAGGAUGCCCAGCUUGUCAGUAGGCAGGUGAAGGAGGCAGAGAGUGACACGGCCACGAGCACAGAGGAAGUGGCGUUAGUGAAAGGCACCAUGGGACGUGUUUUGAGUACCUGGGAGGCCUACAGCAAGAAUCUCCCCCCCCUACAGACGUGGCUGGCUCAGGAGUCCUCUGGGACAGAGGGGACAUCCCAGCAGGUGUCCCAGUGGAGCACCCUGCAGGCCUACCUGAACGAGGUGGGUAACUUCCUCAUCGAGGUCACAGACCCAUCUACCAGCAAAGCCCUGGUAGCUGAACUUAGUAAGCUGAACAUGCAGUGGGCCGCCUACAUGAAGAGGACUAUGUUUGGGGUAUCGAACCAGCCCAGUGCUGGUCCUCUGAGCAUCCAGGCGGUACAGGCUCUGGCCCAAGAGGCAGGCUGGGUGCUGAGGGAGCGCCUAGAGGUGGAGUCUGUCCCACUGAAAGCCUACAAGAAGAGGGUGCAGCUUUUGAGUAAGAAGAUAAUGGAGGUGGAUUUGGAUUCUCUCAGCCCAUCCCCAGACUUCCCUGUGGACAAAGUGGAAAAACUCAGACAUACACUCCCGGAGGUUUGGCAGGCGCUGGCCAGAGCGGAAAGGACAUGCAGUGAUCUACAGAGGGCCACGUCCAUGUUAGAGGGCCGUUUGGCCGAGCUGAGUCACUGGGGGACCGAAGCCCUGGAGGUUCACCAGCACCUGGAAGAGAGGAAACCUGGAAGAGAGGCCAAAGCACUGAUCUCUCGUGGCCUGCAGCUUGAGGGCCAAGUGGUGACAGAGGGGCAGGACCUGCAAGUCCUGGUGAAGAAAGCACAGACGAACUCCCCUAUUCAGCACCUCAAUGCAGCUGCUUUGGAAGACAGAGUCACAGAAGCGGUUGCUCAGGCUCAGGAAAUGGUGGAGAUGCUUAGCUCCCUGGGGUCAAGGCGAGCUCGGGUCCCGGCGGGGGAUGAGCCACCACCCAAGGUGGUAGUCCGCUGGUACUCACUGCCAGAGACCCAGAGGGGUUCAUUUGCAGCGGCCACAGCCAAGAGCAAGAGUGACGCCAAGCUUGCAACUCAGACACCCCCACAUCGGCGGCACACAGAGCCCCAUAGCCCACUGCAAGGGGACCGUCUACCCCAGGACAUCAGCCAGCAGACAGCCAUCAUCAAGGCCCUACCACAAAGUCAAUCUCACACUCAGGCUCCAACACAGCCUCAGCCGGUGGGCCUUACUCAAUCUCAGGUUCUGACUCAAAACAAACCUCAAACGCAGCAAACUCAAACUCCCAUUGAACCUCGAGUUCAGCUUCUGGCCCAAGUUGAAACAUACGCCAAACCCAGUGAAACUCAACCUUUGAAGCAAAGUCACGAAGAGCAAGAGCAGCAGCCUGUGGGUCAAUCUUUGUACCAUGUUCCCACAGUGUCCCAAACCCAGUCUGAAACAACUCAAAAACAGACCCACAUCCCCAAAUUCAAAGUUAAAGGCCAGCUGAGGACCCAGAACCCUCCUCAUCAGUGUAGCGACCAAGCCUCUCCACACCCACCGUUCAUGGUCCAUAGCGAGAUCUACUCGAAAGCCAAGGCGAUGGCUAGGAGCAGGCUGGAGAAGGCCAAGUUUCGCUUGCAAGAGAACAUCCAGGAAGCCAUCGUACUCUUCAGUGACCGAGAGAUGUCUGACUGGCAAGCCAAGAGAAAAGAGAGGGCGCUGGGUGCUUUGAGGCCCGCCAUCCUGGAGGAGUUCCUGGGGGCCGCUGAGGGUUUGGGGGCCCUCUGCUCUGGGGCCCAGCUCCAAGCCGUGAAGCUACUGUCUCUUUCAGUCAGGAGCCAGUGGGAGGCAUGUCUACCCUCAGAGGGCAGUGCGACGCUGAGGGGUGCCGAGUGCAUGGAGGCCCUCAGGGAGCUCUGUGAGACCCUGGCCCCGGAAAGUUCCCCCAUCACAGCUGCAGUCCAGCGAAGGGAGUCAGGGGGAGUGCAAGGGAGCAUGCUGCCGCAACUGCAGCACGGUGCCACAGUGCCCCCGCAGGACAGUAGGGGGUGCGAGCCUGAAGAUCACACCCUGCUGAGCGAGACUGGCCAGCAGGCUGGCCCACAAAAGCAAAGCCAGGAGCUCCCACAAAAGCAAGCUGGACACCGCUCUCAGGCUCUGGAAGGCCAGAACCAAACCCAACUAAGACAGGACCGCCCACUGCAAGUCCAGGGUCUGCCACUGCAGACCCCGGAACACCCAGUCCAAGAUCGCCCAUUGCAUGUCCAGGGCCGCCUACUGCAAGUCCAAGGGGGUCGUUUAAUGCAUGUCCAGAAAAGCCACCAACAAGGGCCAAAUCACACUCAGGUGAUUGUCAGGGGCGAUAGCGUGGAGACCGAGCAGCAGGCACCUGAACGGACAGUCAUCCCGGCCGCCGACACCACCCCCCCACAGGAAGAGGGGUUGUCGACGCAGGAAGUGGUGGAGAGGUACAGAGCUUCCCGUUCAGCCUUCCAUUCACAGCUCCAGAGAAACAGACAGAGUCUGGAGAGAGAGUUUCAGCCUGAGCCAGUCACCACCUCUGCCCUGCACAGCCACAUCAAGGAGCUACAGGCUCUUAAGCAGGAGACUGAGGUGCUGUGGUUUGAGUUUGAGCUGCAGUCCUCCCAGGUGUCCCAGCAGCAGAGUGCAGAGGGAGGUGGACUGGAGGGGGACAGUGAAGGGGCCAAGCUCCUUCAGCAGUGGAGAGGCCAGCAGAUCUGCCUGCAGACCAGAAUGGCUUAUCUGGAAACCACCGUGGAGCUGAUGGAAUCGGCAGACUCUCAGAUAUCACUGAUCUCAGACCAGCUUGGCCGCAUCACCAGGCAGCCCAUAGCUAUCUCAGCCUAUGGGAUGACUGAUCCCUGGACUGUGGCUGACUUUAAGGAAAUGGACCAGCAGCUCCACGCGGAGCUGAAGUGCAUGUCAGGGCAGACCUCCGGGGGGGAGGCCCUAGACUCCUCUAUGCCCCCAUCCCAGUGGCACCGCCUCCACCAGCUCAGACAGACACUAAAGAGGGUGCGCUCUGCCGCCGGGGCCCUUGAUUGCUUUCUAGCCCAGAUACGAGAGGCCGACGCUGGCAUACAGGCUGCGCUGGUUCCCUUGGACCACUGGCAACAUGGAGAUGGUGCGACCCGGGCCCGAGGCAGGCAUUCCGGGCUGCUGUCUAUCCGGCAGAGUGUGAGGAAGUACGGAGAAGAAGCCGGGAGCGUGGAUGGUCUACUGGAGGCAGCCGGAAUGGAGUUGACGAUGGAAGGAGCUGCUGUGACUUGUCGUGACACAGUGGCAGCGUUGUCACAGCGAUUGGAUGAGGCAGACCUCGAGUUGGCCAGAAGCGGAAUUGGGAGGGGACAGAAGCAGAAGGAGGAGGAGCUAAGCCUUAAAGGGAGGGGGAAAGGGGCAGGGCCUGACAUGCAGAGGAGGGGAUUGGAACAAAAGGAGGAGGAUGCGUUCCAAAGACAGAGGGGGCAGGAACAGGGGGUAGGGCCUAAGGCCCAAAGAAGGAGGGAAGAGGAGGAAUCGUCGGGCCUUAGGAGGAAGGGCCAGGUGGAAGGGAAAGAGGGGGAGGAGAAGAGGAGUUCAGGCCAGAGGAGGAUGGCCCUACUGGUGGUCCUGAGGGAGAUUCAGAGGGCAGUGGAGCAGCAGGGACUGAAGGAGCCAACACUCCCUGCAGUGCAGCGCAGGAUGCGUGCAUUGGCAGACCUGGAGGGGCGUCUGGCUGCGCUGCGCUCUGAGCUGCAGAGUCUAGAGGCUGCAGACCGUGGUGCUGCGCAAACGACCUCCAACCCCGAGAGGGGCGGAGCCACACAGGAGCUGGAGACAUUGUGGGAGGAGACCCAUAGAGCCAUUACAGAGAGGCUGGAUCGUUGUGGAGGUCUAACAGAAUUACUGAAGAGGUUCCAAAUGGUACACAGUCGUCUAAGCAGCACCUUACAGAGGGCCGAGCGCACCAUCAGUGAACAGGCCUCGUACAUGGGCAAAGACAACCUACAGAGACUCCUCACUAAGGUCCAUAGCACCAAGGCAGAGUUGAGUGGUCUCGGGGAGGGAGUGGAGGAGAUGCGAGGCAUCUGCAAGCAGCUGCAGUCUCAGCUGCGCCAAAUCCUUGACUGCCCUGAAACUCCAUUUGAGGGCGAGGCUGACACCCUGAUGGACCGCUGGCUAGAUGUGACAGAGAGGACGGACUCUCACCUGGACAACCUACGCAUGGGGCUGGAUCUGUGGGAUGGGCUGCUACAGCUGGGCGGAGAGGUGGAGAGCUGGACCAGCCACAAAAUGGCCCACUUGGUGCAGUCACACCCCUUCCACAGCGAACAAGAAGUCACAGCCAUGCAGGAGGAGAUCCGGGUCCAGGAGGAGAGUGUGGGGCGCUUCCACAGGAGGGCUUCUGAGAUCCAGGUCUUGUUGCAGAGCAAGGAGCCCCCACUGGAGCUUCAGGUGAUCGAGACCCAGAUGAGGAAGAAGAUGGAGCAGGUGAAGGAGCUCUUCUCCGACCUCGAUGAUGUCUACAGGCACCUGGUGGUGGCCAAGGGACAAGUGGCAGCCAAGAUGGCCGAGUGUCACUCCUCUCUUCAGGGCAUCCAGGACUCACUGGACACGCUCAGUGCUGCCGACGGCCCAAAGCUCCUCACACAGAUUCAGGAGCUGUCUGCACAGCUUCAGACACAGGAAAAGCAGGCGGAGGGCCUCCUGGAGGAGCUGCACCUCAUGACCUCCGUGGCCAGCCCACAGAGCUUGCAGAGCCUAGCUGCGGAUGGUGUCCGGCUGCACGAGCUUGUCUGCGCAGCCCGUCAGCACAUUAGUGAAAUGAGGGUGCAGGCCCAGAGGGAUAUCAAGGCCUUGCACAGUCUGCAGGAGGAGUUUGCCCGUCUGCAAGAGUGGUUGCAAGCCGCAGUGCUGAAGGUGGACAAAGGGGAGGAGCUUAGCCGCUUGCAGGAGGAAGUGGUCGAACACAGUAAGCACACAGAGGCCCUCAGUGGACACAUAGCCACCUUGCAUGGGAGCACCCUAAAGCAUUCCCCCCUACUAAAAGAGAGUGAGCAACUUCUAGAGCGCUGCUGCAGUCUCCACACCCAUCUGCUUUCCUCCAAGGAGAACCAGAGCUCUCUGACCAGCCACACCCAGGCCUUCCAGACUCUGGCCCAGGACACCCAAGCCUGGGUUAGAGUCUUGCAACAGCAGGCUGACUCUCUGGCCACUGGAGCCCCAUGCAUCCACAGCCAGGCUGAGCAAAGACUACAAGCUGCAGAGACUGUGUUGAGUGCCAAGGCAGAGGGAGAGUCUCGUAUGGAGAAGCUGAAGGAAGCAGGCCACAGGCUGGCCCACAGACCGGGCCUGGGAGAGAGUCUGAAACUGGACGUCAUGCAGACCGUCAGUUACACAGAGGUGCACUGGGGAGCCGUUCUGCAGUCUGCAGACCAACACCGCAGUCUGCUGCAUGGUGAGCCCGAGCUCUCCUCCUCUCUUCUGGUCCAGAGGCAGCAGGCCUGGUCCAGAGUGAACCAGCUCCAGCACCAGACUACCCAGCUCUCCCUGUUCUUUCCCUGGCCCGGCCUGGCCCAACACAGGCAGGCUGCCCAACAGGCCCGGGCACUACUGGACCAGGCCACAGCCUUGGGGCCGGCCUUCUCUGCCUUGGGGGCCCAGAGAAAGGAGCUAGCCCAGCGCACCAAGGAACCCAAUUGGGAGGACCCUUCCUGGGCUACACUAGAGGAUUGCCAACCCGCCUUGGUCAAAAAGCUCCAUGGUAUGUGUGUGAGUCUUGAGGGAGGCGUCCGUAACGAGGAUCGCUGUGGCCAGCUGGUGCAGGAGUGCCGGCACACCUUGAACUCACUGCAGGAACGGAUGCUGGGUAUUGAGUCUCAGCCCAGAGACUCUAGUUUCCUGGAGACUGAUACAGGGGCUGUGGAGGCUUUGCAGGAGGCCGUGGGCCACAUGGAGAAAGACUUUGUGGAGCUCGAGACUCUUAAGGACAUCCUGCUUGCCAGCUGCACCGCCAAGGGUCAGGCCACUCUGUCUCAAGAGGUCAAAGAUCUCCAGGACCAGAAGGAGGAGUUAGAGAGGGGCGUCAGCUGGCUGGCUCAACUACAGGCUGAGGAGCAGGUAGCCCGACGAGACCAGCGAAUCAGGGAGGAGGUUGACAACCUUCAGAGGGCCCUACAAGGCUUGGCUGACCGUUUGGGGGAUGACCCAGAAACGACUGAAGGAUUCACUGAUAUUAGGCAGCUCCAGCAGCGCUGGCACGUCCUACAGGACUGUGACCAAAGCCUGAGGAAGCUUGCGGCACAGCUUCAUCACCUGGAGAAAGCAGUAGGGUCAGAGGACACAUAUGGAGAAUUUCAAAACAAUGUGACUUUGGCUGUGGAUUCAGUGGCCAAAGACUUAGACAGCCUGUGUUUCUCUCUACAUGAGCGAAUGCAGCUUUUUUCAGGCGGCACAGCCCUUAGAAUGUCUGGGGCGAUCUGUGGACUGCAGCAGUGGAACCAGGCAGCACAGUCAAAUCCCCGAAAGUCUGUACAGGCUACACUAAACAAUGGGAAGCAACUCCAAGGGACGCUACGUGAGGCGCUGUCACAGCUAGACUUCCUAUUGGACUGUGUCGGAAGGGAGCGCGUGGAGCAGUUCGAGAGAAGGGCUGGACAGGCCCUUAGCAACAGUGCAGCUCUCCUCACAGCCCUAGCCCAAUCCCAGGUGUCCCUAGUGAGCACAGAGGUGGAUGGAGACAAUAAGAUACCAAGCAACACACCUGGCAAAGCGCCAUCUUGCAGCGAGACAUCCCUUUUGUCACAACCUGUAGAGGAAGUGACUCCAGGAGGGAUCAAACCUCUUCAGGCUAAUAUUGACUCAACAAAAGAUCCGGAAAAAGAGCAGGCUGAAAGCAGAGUGCAAAGCAAAAGAGCCGUUACCAGAGGAACAAUGGAUGCUGUUAAAGAACCGACCAAGAAAGUGAUGAGCGACACUGAACAAAGAGCAGAGGACAAAGAAUACGGCAGAGACUCAUUGAAGGACUGGAGCAUCCAGCCAGCAGAGAGAAUGGUCACAGGCAUGGAGGAUGGGGAGAGUCAAAUACAAAUUCCCAUGGGAGAAACCUUAACCCAAACUCCCAUCACCAGCGUUGAUAUCUCCGCCACUGUGGUGGUGCCAGAGACCCCGGGCACUAGCCAAUGUGGGGCUACUGUAACAGAGAUAACACCUCACCAUAUAGAACCAAUGGAUCAAGAGGGAACCUCAUCUCCGACUCCGCACAAAGUGUUCACCAUCGUCCUGGACACAGACCUCGAACGACAACAACUUGAUGGCAUGUCUAUGGCCAACGCUCUCCAAAGCAGACCAGGUUACGAUGGCAACAAUGAUAUUGUACAUACAGACUCGCCUCAACAUGGCGACAGUGAGAUUCCGGCUACUGAGUCACAUGACUAUGCAAACACUGCGGUUGUAUGCUCUGGAUCGGUCGGAGGAGGUCAAGAGUCUUCAGUACCAGAUAAAGGCGCUCAACUCACUUACACUUUUGCUGUUGUCAAACAGAGUGACCAGGCAAAACAAGAUUUGACUGAGCCUCCCCAAAAAGUGGCCACCAUUUUCUUGAACACAGCUGUUGCACCUGCUGGGAAAGUUAUUGUUCAGGAAGCUGAGACUCUACAUCGUGAAGUCACUUCCUCGACCAAAGCUGAAUUGGGCAUUAAAAGCAGUGUGGGGCUAGGGACAGAUCCACAGUCGGACCCUGUAACACAUCUCAUGCUGCAUCCAGAAAGAAAGCAGCUAGAGACGCAUGCAAGACCCACAGACAAAUCACAGUCAGAUAACAAAACACAACGCACAGAGUCUAGAGACUGCACUGAGACAAAGAAAGUAUUUACAAUUGUUUUGGACAUGGAGCAACCUCCGUCUCAGUCCAAGGACAUUAAAACCAGGGAGCCUCCUUGUGGUAAUGGCUCAGAUACAUUUAGCUCUGGUGACUUUCCUUCAAAACUGACUGAUAGUUCUGUCACUGGGAACACCAAGAAUACAGAUGGCGGGCGGCGCGUCAAGUCAAAGCACAGGGGGCGGAGGAGGGCUGAUUUUAGGAACUCAGCGUCCAAGGGCCCCAAAGUGAAGAGUUCCAAGGGCCCCUCUGUUUCAAAGAACACGGAAUCAGAGUGGGAGCAAUCGCAGGGCCCCAAAACAAAAGGUCUGAAAUCAAAAGGCCCCGAAUCAGGGCUCACAGAGUCUAAGUCCGCUGAAUUGGCGCACACCGAGUCCGAGUCACAGAGACACACUGAUAACUCUGAGAAGACUGAACCAGGAAGUGUUGAUGAUGACACAAACACUAAAGAUGCCAGACAGACAGAAAUGACAGCCAGCCAAAUAGCUGUAAACACAGGAGCCUCAGACAUCACCUGUACUGCAGACAGCAAAGAUAACAGACAGACUGUGAGCAAAGACACUGGAAACAUAGACACUGACAUGCUACAGGUGAAUGAUCUCACACAGACAGAUGUCAGUCAGACAGAUGCCACAAGAGACAAUACACAGUUGUCAUACGCACCUUCACCAGCAUAUGUAGCCACAGAGACGGAGCCCAGAGAGGGGACAGAAAGGACAGCUCCACAGGAACAGAUGCAGGGGGGGAGUGAAGUCAAGAGGAGGACCUCGGUCCAUACUGGGGGGCUGCUAUCCGAUGCCGUGGCGAAGGAGGAGAGAGUUGGGGGAGCAGUGUGCCCGGAGGUCCCGUGCCACAGGUCCACUAUGCAAGGCAUCCUCUCUAAGGUCCAAGGGUUGGUGGAGAGGAAGGACAUCAUCACGGGAGGCCAGUGGAUGGAUGCGGCUUGGUACCUGCAGCCUUCGCCUAGAAAGCCAGAGAUCCAAAUAGGGCGCACUGUCCUUAGGGUUCUAGGAUGCCGCUACCAGCCAGCCCAGCUCAACCUUGCCAACAUGGCCCGGCAACUGGCGGAGGCUGAGGACUGCAGACGCUACGUGCUUGAGCAGGUGGCUGCAAUAAACCAUGUGGUCGGUGACCCAGAGGACGCAACAAAUCUGGAGGGGCGAUGGAGUGCAGCCCUGUUGGAUGCCUCGGCCACAGUUCAGGUCAAAGAGGCUCAGCUCCACCUGGUCACACAGUACCACAGGCAGACUCAGGCCAUCCGGAGCAUUCUGGAGAGAUGGACAAGCGAUAUGGAUGAGCUACAAUUGGACACCCGAAGCAGUGCGCUUCAGGCUGAAAAACUACAUACUCUGUUAUGUAACAUUGAACAGCAGAAGGGCAUGAUGGGGGAGCUGCUCCAGGUGUGUUGCCAGGUGUCUGCCCACCUGAGUGAAGUCGAGGGGUCAGGGGCACUCCUCGCUCAGCUAGGGGAUCUGCAGGAGGAGUGGAGGCUUUUGGAGGGUACCGGGAAUAGAGGCCUGAGGCAUGCCUCAAUUGGUUCUUCUCAGUCCUCUAUCCUUCUACAAAAGGCUGAGCAGCUGCAUUGCAAGCUUGAGACUCUUCAGAAGUCCAUCACCCUCUUACAGUCCUCUCAAUUGCAGCAUGACACUCACAAAGCUUUAGAGCUGACCUUUAUUACUGCUGACUUGAAAGCCUUCAACCAGCAGUACCUACACCUGCUUGGGCAAUCAGAGGAUUUUACCCACUUUUCUCUUGGGCAGAAGGAGAAGGAGGAUGUGGAGUGUACUCUUCAGAGCUUGAGCUCCUUACUUACCUCCACUCAGAGGUUGCUCUCUGCUCAGUCAUACUCUAUAGCAAAACCCUCCUUGGCUAAAAUCAUUAAGCAAAUGCAGGACUUGAUUAUCUGGGCCAAGCAGGCGGAAAACCACAUCUCAGCAGGUGAAAAUGUAGCACUCUUCCCUGAAGAGGCCCGUCUCCAAAUUGCCAGCAUGAGGAAGCUUCAAUCUGAGAUUUUGGCAAGGCGUUCCAGGGUGCACUACAAAGUUGAGGACCUGAAAGAACUGAUGUCGGAUGAGGGGGAAAUUGACAAAGUGCUGUCAUCAAUGAAGACCUUGAAGGACCUCUACGAAACAGUCUCAGAUAACUCUGCUCGUAUUCUGAAGGAAAUGGAGGCUGUUUUGGAGGAAAGAGAGAAGAUGCUGGUCCAGAUCUCAAAAGUGAACACCUGGCUAGCAGUGGCACACCAUGAGAGAGAGGUCACCACAGAUGUAGAGAAUGUGUCCAAAGACACCAUCCCAGAUCUGGAAAGCAAGCUGCAGUUUCACAUGGGUGCCAUCAAGGAAGCAGAAAGACAGAUGGCUGUCACAGAUGCCCUUUUGGAGAUCUGCAUGGAGGUCUCUUCGGGGUUGAGUCCAGCAGAGAGCCACUUUCUUGUCAACAGGCUCACAGGCCUCCGGACCGAGGUGGACAGAAUGGUGGCCCACGAGAAAGCAGCUCAAUGGGAGUUGGAGGAACUGCUUCACACCCGGACUUCUUCGGCCGAGGAACUGGCGGCUGUCCAGGUGAGCGUGCAACAGAUAUGGGCCGACCUGGAGAGGCAGAGGUUCCCAGUGACAAAGGACUCCCUAUCUGCCAUAGAGCCCUUGACGCACAUGCUCCUGGAGCACCAAUGUCAGAUCCAGGAACUCCAGUACUGCCAAGAGGACCAGAAAAGUGCCCUCUUGCGUACCAUUGGCGAACUGCAGGAGAAGGUGAAAACUCUCCACCACCACGCCCUGGAACACGAGAAGUACCUGACCUACCGGCAGCACAUGGAAGACUCCAGGGAGGUGGCAAAGGAGCGUGCUCAGUGCUCCAAAGACAAGAGAGUCAGCGUGGGGGAAAGGUUCAGUCUUUGCCAGGCUCUUCUGGUGGAACUUCCGCUGGUGAAGACCCAGUGCCAGGAUGCUUCCGACCAGCUUGAGGCCAUCGCCCAAGACCUGCACCUAUCGGAUAGGAUGUUGCUCCUGUCGGAGAGGCAGAGGAUCCGGCGAACUGUUGAAAACCUAGCCUCCUGGGAGAUUGCCAUCACUGACGACGUCAAAAACCUAGAGGGAAAGCUUCUGGAGGGUCUCAAAUUCUGCACUGAGCUUCCUGCCAUGAUGGACCUUCUUCAACAGGUCAGGCAGGAGCUGACGGAAUUUGACCCGGUGAAGCCAGACGUGAGGGCCGUCAACAUAGCGCUGCGGAGGUGCUGGGUAAUCUGGAGGAACGUAGAGUCUGUCAUGCGGGUGUUGGAAGCUUUGAGGCAGAGAGAGCAAGUGGAGAUGAGCCAGUGUGGGGAGCUGCACACCCUGAGGAAUGACAUUGUGCAGAAGUGCCACGCAUAUAUGGAGAAUUUGUCCCAUGCUCGGGAAGCCCUGAAGGAUUACCACUGGGCUGCCCAAGGAGUGGUAACCUUCCUCCUCGAAGCCGAGGCCAUGUUCCUGGCACCUCCAGGCGAAUUUGUGGACUGCACAGAGGAGCAAUGGCACACCCAAGAGCCCCAAGCCUCCCUGGGGGAGAGCCUCCAGGCGCAAAUCAGCCAUCUCCUGGAGCUGGCACCCCAGCAGGCCUGUCUCUCUUUCCCCCAGAGCGAACAGCUCCACAUCCAGGUCCUGAGCCACCUUUUGGUGGAGAGGGCCACACUCGAGGCCCAGGUUGAGCUCAGGACAGAGGCCUUGCAGAGGUGUGCAGACAGACAAAGCCUCCACAAGAAGUGUCAUGAGGAGGUAUGGCAUAUCCUGAAGAAAAACGAAUCAAGGCUCUCCGAGUGUGCCACCCAGGAAGUGACAUCCUACGCCAACUGUGCUGACCAACAGGAUAGAGCCAAGACCCUGUCGGAGGAGGUGCUGUCUAUAGCUGGCAAGCUGGAGGAGCUGAGGGUGGUGUGUCCACUGCGGGGGUGCUGUGUGGGCACCGAGGGGGCACAGGGUGCCCUCUGGAGGCGCUGGGCGGCACUGCGGUGCGGCAUCAGCCUCCUCCGGACACGCUUGGAGCAGAGAGGGGCGGAGUGGAGGGACGUCACCAAGAGCAUGGCUCGAUGCAGCAGUGCUCUGGACAAGCUGCAGGGUGAGCUGUCGGACCCCACUGCAGUAUGCUCCAGUCAGGGGGCCCCGAUGGUUCUGUUAGAGCAGACGGAGCAGCACCAGGCUGGACUAGAGCGGGAGCAGCGAAUCCUGGCCUCCCUGGAGCUCCGGCUCUCCCAGCUCCUGGGUGUGUCCAGCCCUCAGGAGGCAGCUAGCCCUGUCCCAGUCUGCCAACGGUUGAGGGACAUGCAGGAGCGCUUUAGGAGCCUGAGAGAGCAGAGCAUGCUGGUCCGGAGUGCGGCACUUUCAGAGGAGCAGGAGAGGGAGCGCUUGCAAGAGCAGAUCGGAGAGGUGGAGCAGCGAGUGGCUACCCUGCUCUCCAUUCUGGUGUCCCACCCCAGCACACGCCAACUCAAGGAGGUCAGAGUGGAGUUGGGUUCCCUGAGGGCCAGGUUACAGUCCAUCAUGGAGUGUGUUGGGACAAAGUAUGCCGCUGUUACACCUCCGGAGGUGGAGAGACAGCUGCAGGAAGUCACUGGCUCUCUGCAGGACAUGGAGGAGAAGAUUGGCCAAGCCCUGGAGAAGAGCAGCCCACUCAAUAGGCUGAGUAGCAGAAUGGGGGAGAUACGUGUCGGGCUAGAAGAGGUCCAGACAUUGCUGCAGCGGAAGAGCUCCUCUGUGUCCGAGGCUGAACAUGUGCUAAAGUUCGUAUGGGACCAGCUGGACCAGUGGCACGGCCGGCUGGCCCUCCUGGAGGGCGAGGUGCAGGAGGCAGCCGAGGAGGAGCCGGAGCAGGCCCAACUCCUCAUGGACCAGAUCACCCAGCCACUUCAGCUCUACCAGGACACGGCCCAGAAGGCUGAGCAGCGCACUGCCUUCCUCCGCAAGAUCCCUGCCUGCCUCCAGGAGUAUAACGAUAUAAUCCAUCGUGCUGGCUGCUGGCUAGAAGAAUCCCAGUCCUGGCUAGACGCUCCCGGCACCUACACCACAGCCAGGAGCCUCCAGAGCCAGACCAACACACUGCAGAUGGUGCUGGAUGACUCGGAGCGUAUCCGGGCCACUCUGGUGGGCUUUGGACCUGUGUUGGUGGAGAUCUCUGCUGUGUGUCACACCACUGCUAUGGAGGAUAAACUAGUCCAGACCGAACGCCAAGUCACCGCCAUGCAGCAUAACAUCAUGGUGCCAUUGGACCAGCUGCUGCACGUCACUCCGGAAGUGGAUGCCAUUGAAGCAGAGGUGAAGACGAUGGAGAAAAAUGUGACCAAGAUCAGAGCUAUUUUAUCCUCCACUGACACAUUGGACAUCUCACUUGAAGAACACCUCCACAACCGGCAGGUAAUCCUGGCCAACAUCCAGUCUAUGCAGAGGACAGUGGGGGAGAUCGAGGGCUGUAAGGCUGAACUUGGACUACCUCAGGGGGCAGAAGAGACACUGAGUGCCUUCCCCAGAGCUGUGCUACUCCUACAGCCCCUCCAAGAGUUGGAACAGCUGACACAGGAGCAGAGUAGAGCGUUGGAGGGCAACAUGCGUGAAGUGAGGGAGGCUGAGGGGGUCAUUCCAUCAUGCAAUGUGUGUGUGACAACAGAACCCAGUGCCCUUAUCUUAAUAAGUUCACAUCAACGGAAUACGGGUCCACCGCGGAUCACCGGACAUCAGGAGGAUGCCUCAGAAGCAUGCCUCUCUGAGGAAGAGGAGGAAUACGAGGAUGAAGAUCAUCACUCAUCAUCCUCUGACACACUCACAUGCAGUUUUCCUGAGGACCCAGACGAGACUCUUAGCCACCAGGAGCUGGCAGAAUCAGUGGCUACAACCACACACUGGCUCCAGGAUAGUGACGCUAUGUCUGAAGCCCACAUCGGCGCUGUCACUAAGGAGUUGGACACCCCGGAGUCUUGUGUAGACCCAGAAGACACUAAUUCUGGUUUAAUAUCUGAGAAGAUCCAACCAACACCUGAAAAAACAGACCGAGCACCUGCAGACACCCUGUCAUUACCGGCUCAGUGGAAACCCAUCUCCAAGACCACUAUAUCAGAAAACAAGCCGACAGAAUCAGUCAGUAAAGACAUUAACAAGGAGACUUUGUCAGUAACCGAGAAGUCUGAAUUAGUAACCAAGGCAACUGUCUCAUUACCUGAAACUAGUUCAGUGACCAUGGAGACUGGACCAGCAUCUGUAAAAAGUGUCUUGGCAACCAAAGAAACUGGAGAAGUACCUGUGAAGAUUGGAUCAGUAACCAAAGAGAUACAAUCAGUACCUGAGACUACUUCUGUAACAAAGAUGACUGGGUCAGUAACAAAGAUGACUGGGUCAGUAACAAAGAUGACUGGGUCAGUAACCAAGAUGACUGGGUCAGUAACCAAGGAAAUUGGGACAGUUGCCAAUGGUCAGUUGCCAAAUACACCCAGCGACCCCCAGGAAGACCUGGAUGGGAGAUGGGACCUCCUUCACACUCGACUGUCUGAGAAACUCAACACCUUGAGGAAUAUUCAGGAGGAGGAUCUACAUGCGGCUACAGGGUCAAGGGCAGAGGGGACCGGCGGUGGCUUUGGUGGUCUGAGAGAGAUAGAGGUGUGUGCUGCAAGCCUUAGACAACUCAGACACAGAGCAAGUGGGCUUUCCUCUGCCAAUUCAAAGGAAGGCGGCUAUCCCAUGUUGGAUAGAGAGCUCUACACAGCUCUGUGUGGAGUGGAGCAUUCUCUGGAAACACUCACUGGCCUGUUGCCCAGUCCCUCUAUUACCACAGUGGAGGACAGUCAACUAAGAUUGCUACAGAUGGAGUGCCUCUCAGUGGAGCUGCCAGCCUUGAGUGAGGAGCUGAACCAUUUAAGGUCAGGCAUCAACCCAGACCAGUUGUCUGAAGCACCAGAGACCACAGCCCAGUGUGUGACCUGUCUUCAGUGUUGUUUUCAAACAGCCCAGUCAGCCCUCACCUCCUCACUGAGCCGGCUACACACAGAACUGGGCCACAAUCAGGCAGGGACGGAGCAACAGGAGAGCCACGUGUGCGUGUAUGAUGAUUUUGAACGUGGACAGAGUGAUCCAUUCACACACAUCAAGGAUGUCCCCAUGCUGGAGUAUGUCGUUGGUCGGUGUCCCGAGGAUGCAGUGGAGCUGCAGCGGGUGUCCCAGGCCCUGCUGCAGGGUUUGGCCAGUCUGGUGGAGCUAGGCAGAGAGCGUCUGGCAGACAGUCAGGACCACCCACCACACAGCCGCACCCAGCUGCAGACUCUGCUCAGCAGGCACAAGAAGUUGUACCAGGUUAUGGAAUCCCAGCUGGCAUUGGUUCAGCGGCUGUUCCAGUGUGAGCCACAGGGGGGGCUGGUUGGUCAAGAGGAUGAACAGGUCCGGCUGGAGCAACAGGUCACCACUCUGCAGCAACAUGCUCUGGAGCAGGGAGCCACCAUGCACAGAAGGCUGCAGGUCUGGACAAGGUGGGAGGAGGGCUGUGUUCAGCUGGGCCGGCAGCUGGAGGAGCUGGAAGCCCUCAUCCCCUGCGAGGAUCUGGUGGAGGAAAAAGAGGGGCUACUACAGGAAAGACUGGACACCUGUCAGCGAGUGCUGGCCCUGUUGGAGGAGUGCAGGCCUGCCCUGGGCUCGGUCCUGGACCAGGGGAAGGCUCUGCAGGCCUGGGGAUGCAGUACCGGGGUCGGCGGCACAGGAGGCGUACUGGAGCUGCGCUGGCGGGCUGUCCGCAGCAAGGCAGAGCAGGAGAGCCAACGCAGCCGCGACAUAAGGGACAACUGGACCAGGUUCCACAACGACUCUGUUUCGCUCACUGGAUGGAUGGGCAGUGUUAAAGAACGCCUGAAGACAUGGAGAAGUCUGCCCGACGCCACACCUCAAAACGAGGAGCUCACCAGUACUUACCUCAUCCAGCUACUGGAGUUUUCAGUGGAGCUGGAAACCAGGUCCGCUGAAAAGGCCUCUGCGCUCAGGGCGGGCACAUUGCUACUGCAGCUGAAGGAGGCUGAUGCACCGGGGCUGCGCAGACAGCUAGCGCAGCUGGAGCAAACUUGGACCGAAGUCACGUCUGCACUUCCCAUAGCCCAGGAGAGACUGCACCAGCUCCUGCUGGAGAAGUGGCCACCAUGCCAGGUAUUGUCAGGCCUGGAGGCGUGGGUGAAGGACAAAGAAGCCAGGCUAGAAGAUCAGGGACAGGCCACCAUCAAGGCCUGCCAUGACGCAGAUCAGCUCAGACAUAUAAUCCAAUACUACCAGGGGUGCCAGGCAGGCAAUGCCAGCGGGCAACUCACCCUGGAUUUCCUGUGCCAGUCCGAACCGCAGUCAGUGGCAGCGUCGGAUAACUCUGUCAGCUGCUCUGAGGAGCGCACACUCUUUGCCGAGCGAUUGGGUGCCCUCAACUUAAGCUGGCUCCUCCUAGAAGGGAAGCUGGGCAGUCAAGUGCACCAGGCUGAGGAGCUGUUCCGCAUCUGCGCAGAAAGAGAGAAGCGACUGCGACGGGUGCUCAGCUGGGCUGCGGGGCUGAGAGAGAGGCUGAGGGAGUGGCAGAGACCUGUCAGUCAGACUCAGGUGUACAAGGCCCUGCAGGAGUGGGAGGCUGUGGAGGAGAAACUGAAAGACGUGUGUGUGGAGGUCGAGGAUCUGGUCCGCGACACCUGGUCUGCAGACACAGUCACCCAGGUCUGCACAGACUUAAACCAACAGGUUGGGAGCCUGAGGCCUGAUCUCCAGCGGGUUCUGGUUCAGUGGGGCCAGUUUGAGAAGGAGCUGGGUGAUGUUUCAUUCUACACCACUAAGCUGCGCUGUGGUCUGGAACACAGCAGUGCUCCCUUCCUCUCCUACCACCAGGUCAAAAGGCAUGUGGAGCAGCUACAGUGCCUCCAGGAGGAGGCUGGGAUGGGGGCGGAGAUGUGGACUGCUCUGGACCAGUCGUACGCAGGCUUGUCGGACACUAUCAGUCCUGGAGCGGCCCAACUCCUUAUUGAGAGACUUGAGGAGGAGAGAACACAGUGGAAGGCGCUAGUGCAGGAGGUGGAUGAGGAGCUGCUGAGAACUGGGGAUCUGCUGUCGUUCUGGGGGGAGUACAACCGUCUGUACGAACAAUGCUCCGUCCGCCUGCAACACCACCAGGAACAGUGGGGGGCGCUGCUCAGUUUCCUGUCAACACCAUGCCACUCCACACAGGACCUGGUCGAUGCCAUCAAGCAUCAGCAGGUUGGCUUUGAGGAUGUUCAAGGCAGUCUGGGCGAAGUCCUGGAAGCCUCCAAGCCUCUGAUUGGACAGGCGGAGCCACUUGUCGCCGCCAUCGUUCAAUCAAAGUCCAUGUUGUUGUCACGUGACCUGGUGCUGCUGGGCCAGGCGUUGUCAGGGAAACGUGCACGUCUUCAGGAGGAUUUGGAUCAGCGCCACACAAUUAGCACUAGUAUGGAUUCACUGGAGCUGCAGACCGAGGCUUUGCGUCACAUGCUCACUUCUGAUGUCUGCAGCAUGGACAGUGUGAAGACUGCUCUGAUGGCGCUGAGCCAUCUGCAUCCUGCCCUGGAUGACCUCACUGAGGCAAGCCUUUCUGUGACCCUGGAUGGCCUGGAAGCAGAUAGACUGAAGUCCCUGACCAGGAAGUGGGCGCAGGCCCUCUACUGCGCCUCCCAUAUGAACAGAAAAUUGCAAGCUGAGGCCCAGCACUCCCAGAGCCUUCAACAGAAGUGGGACAGCUGGGAGGGCUUCCAGGAGAAGAUGGAGGAGGACUUGGCCCCAGACGUUUCUGGAAACUACUCCGGCCUCCGUGAGCAACUGGCAAUCCAUCAGAGACUCCGGAUUGAAGUAUUGGCUGGGCACCAACUCUUGAGAGGGGUGAUCGUCAUCUCAAUGAAGUCAAUUGAAGACACGCCAGAGGAGAAAAGCAGGCCUGACCUCACCCUAAAGCUCGCCCAGAUGAGAGAGCGAUGGAAGCGGAUUGUUAGUGUGGCACAGCAGCGAAGUAGCCUGGUGCAGGAACGGCUGGGCCAGUGGCGGUUCUACACCCGGGGUGUGAGGAGGCUAGGGGGGCUGCUGAGAGAUGUGGAGACCUUACUUCCUUCUGCUGCUCAGGCCCUCUGCACUCUGCAGCAGCUACCAUGUUCCCUGGAGGACUUGGGGCGUGCUGAAGACACUCUCGCCCAACACAACGGCUUCUACAGACACACCCUAGAGACAGGCAGGCUGCUAUCCUCCAUGGCAGAGCUACAGACACAGGCCCAGCUACAGACAGAGUUACAGACCUUGCAGGAGUCCUGGGACCACGCCAGGGAGCUACUGGGAGAAAGGAGAUUCCUGCUGGAAACUGUUGUUCAGAAUUGGGGCCACUUUCAAGUCAGACUAGUCGACAGCGCACACAAACUGGACGAGCUCAGGGACAGGCUGAAGCAACCGCUGCCAGAGAGGCUGGAGGAGCUACAGGUUGAAGAGAAACUCACAGAGGAGAACGAGGCCUCUCUGGAGUUGUGGGCUGGUGGAGUGAAGGAGUUGUCCACCAUGAAGACGGAUCUGUCCCAGUACAUCUUGGCCGGGGAUGCUACCCUACUACAAGGACAGGUGGAGCAGCUGCACUGCCAGUGGGAGGAACUCUGUCUAAAGGUAUCCCUACGCAGGCAGGAGAUCGCCGACCGGCUCAGUGCCUGGACCAUCUUCAACGACAAGAACAAGGAGCUGUGCGACUGGCUGACCCAGAUGGAGUACAAGGUGUCGCACAGCAGAGACCUCAGCCUCGAGGAGAUGGUGGAGAAACUGAAGAAGGACUGUAUGGAGGAGAUCAACCUGUUCAGUGAGAACAAAAGCCACCUCAAGAAGCUGGGGGAGCAGCUGAUGCUGGCCAGCGACCAGGCCAAGCAGGCCCAGCUCCACGGCACCCUGAGGGACGCCAGGGACCGUUGGCAGCACCUCUUCCACCACAUAGAGGCCAGGGUGAGGAAGCUGAAGGAGACCCUGGGUAUGGUGCAGCAGCUGGACAAGAACAUGAGCAACCUGCGAUCAUGGCUGUCCCGCAUCGAGACCCAGCUGGCCAGGCCCGUCACCUACAACGUGUGUCACCAUGAGGAGAUCCAGAGACGGCUUUCCCAACAGCAGGAGCUGCAGAGGGACAUCGAGCAGCACACGGAGGGCGUGGCAUCCGUCUUGAGGCUGUGCGACAUCCUGCUGCACGACCAGGAUGCGUGUGGUGGCGGCGACGGCGAGAAUGACUCCAUCCAGCAGACCACCUGCAGCCUAGACCAGCGCUGGAAGGCCAUCUGUGCCAUGUCCCUGGAGAGGAGGCUCAGGAUCGAGGAGACCUGGAGGCUGUGGUGUAAGUUCCUGGAUGACUACUCGUGCUUUGAGGACUGGCUGAAGUUGGCCGAACGCACGGCAGCCAACCCCAACUCUGACAACGUUCCGUACACAGUCGCCAAGGAGGAGCUCAAGAAGUUUGAGGGCUUCCAGAGGCAGGUGCAGGAGCGUGUGACCCAGCUGGAGCUGGUCAACAACCAGUACCGCAGGCUGGCCCGGGAGAACCGCACAGACGGCGCCAGCCGCAUCAAGGUUAUGGUCCAUGAGGGCAACUGCCGCUGGGAUACACUGCACAGGAGGACGGCGGCCAUCUUACGCAGGCUAAAGCAUUUUACGGGCCAGAGAGAGGAGUUUGAGGGGACCAGGGAGAGCCUGCUGGUGUGGCUGACGGAGAUGGACCUGCAGCUCACCAACGUGGAGCACUUUUCUGAGACAGACACGCAGCACAAGAUGAAGCAGCUCAACGUAAGGGGGGAAUGGAUCACCCUCAACACGGAGCGCAUCGACGGGCUGAUUGUGUUCGGCGAGGGCCUGAUCCAGAGGAGCUCUCCGCUGGACGCCGCUCUCAUCGAGGACGAGCUAGAGGAGCUACACUCCUACUGUCAGGAGGUGUUUGGCAGGGUGGUCCGCUUCCACCAGCGCCUCACGCAGCCACCGGUGUUGAAGGAGGAACCGGAGCUCUUCAGUGGGGACAAGCCCCUGGUGGGGAGCUGUGAGCUGAUUGGCCGUUCCUGGCUGGGGCGGAGCCAGAGUCAGGGGAGUGCCCCUGCCACACCCACCCACCUAUUGGCCCCUCCCCUGGAGUGUUCGGGCCGGGAGACACCCGUGAGCGUGUGCGACUCCAUCCCUCUGGAAUGGGACCACACAGGAGACGUAGGAGGAUCUUCGUCCCACGAGGAGGAGGAGGUUGAGAAGAAAGACGGGACCUACUACAGUACUCUGUCAGAGGUGGAGGUUACAGAGAGUCCAGAGGACUUUGUGAAAGCCACGGCUCUCUCACUGGGAGCUGAUCCCUCUGUUCCACUCAGAUCCAUGGCCAUACCCGAAUCUCCAAGUUGGCGCUCACCAGGCGACCCGGACAGGGAGUCCCUCCACCUGGACUCUCCUGACGGCCUGGACCCCUCACCUACACACACUAGCACUCCCUUCAAACAAGGCUACGUGCGUCUGAUGUCAGAGUGCAGUGGUAGCAUCAAAAGUGUCAAAAGGGUCUCCCUGAUCCUGGAUGAUGAGGAGCAGCCCGAGGAACAGGGCCUCACUGGCCUGACGACCGCUGACAAACAAUCAGGGGUGAUCGAGCGCUGGGAGCUGCUGCAGGCUCAGGCCAGGAGCAACCUGCUGUCUGGCCUGCGGGAGCCUUGCCAGUUGACCUCUGACCUGCGUGACAUCACUUCCUGGCUGAGGUGGGUAACGCCAGAGCUGGAGAGAGUGCAGGUUCCUGAGACCCCCACCAGCAUCCAAGACAUGGAGGCUAGGGUCAAACAACUCAAGGAGAUGCAGAAGGUAUUUGCUCACUACAAGGCCGUCAUGCUGUCGCUUAACCUGGGCGGUCGCGACGGUCCGGAGGCCCGGGAGCUAGGGGAGGGCCUGGCUAGUAUGAACCAGGGCUGGAUGCUGGCCUGUGCUGGCCUGGAGGAGUGGCAGGACAGUCUGCGUACCACUGUCAUGCGCUGUCAGGAGUUCCACGAGACGCUGCACUCCCUGCUGCUGUGGCUGGCCCAUGCCGAGAGCAGGCGCUACGCCGUCGACAUCCACCACCCGGACACGCCGCCAGGCAUGCUGUUGGAGCACCGCAACACACUCACUGGCCUGCAGAAUGAGUUGCGGGCGAGACAGAGCCAGGUGGGCUCGCUCCAGGGGCUGUGGGGCCAGCUGCAGCCAGCGGAGGAGGAGGGGGGGGAGGAGAGCAUAGAGGCUCGGGAGAAGCUCCACGUGACAGCCAACAAACUGUGGACGCUGCUCCGCCAGGUGGCCCAUGACCUCAGCGUCGUGCAGGAGCGCCUGGACUGUGGGACUCUAUCUGCAGGUCCGGCUGCGGCUCGAGCUGCAGUUGAAAGUGAGGGCAGAGGGCAGGCGGAGGCCAGUCAGUCCCCGUCUAAUGCCAGUCAACAGGAGAGCACCAAUACCACACCAACCUCGGCUGGCAGAAGGGGGGAGAAGAGGGACCCAACCCCACCUCGGUCCUUCUUCUACCGCGUGCUGCGAGCCGCCUUUCCCCUACACCUCCUCCUCCUCCUGGUCCUAGUGCUGGCCUGCCUGGUGCCCCUGGCUGAGAACGACCACAGCUGCACACUGUCCAACAACUUUGCCCGCUCCUUCUACCCCAUGUUGCGCUACACCAAUGGCCCACCACCCACCUGAUACAAACACACACACUGACAUGAGUGGCCUGCUUCCAAAGCUAACCCAUCGAUACUCUCUGCUUAAGAGCUGGAGAGAGGACAUUGUUACGGUCCCAAAAUUGUAUUUUAAAUAUCUAUAUUUAUAGAUUUGAAUUUAUAAUUAAUUUAUUCCCUUAAAAGCCAUACCGAUGUUCAAUUUCUAUCAAACAAUUGAUGUGAUCCACCCAUUUGGAACUCUUGCCGCUAACGUCACUAGCAAGUACUGUAUUUCAAAGGAGACUUGUUUUUGUGAGGUUGUGUUCUGCUUGUAAAGAUGUCUAUCAUAAUGAUUUGCCCUUCAAGCCAUGUAUUGAAGUAGCAGUCUGUUUUAGGACCUAUCCAGUCCACAACAACUUUAUAUUGAUGUUCUUUCAGAAUAAUGUCACCUGCACUCAUUCAAAAAUGCCUUCUGUAAGCGUCUACUAUUCAAAUAAUCAAAUUUUGCGACCCUUUUACUUGGCUGUGUGAGUGAAAUGUUUAAUUGGUCGCACUGGUGUGAGCUGCACAUUCUACCUGGUCGCCUCAAUCAAAACGUGCAAUUUUUGGGGGCGGAUAAAACCAAGGAAUUUGUUAAAGAGUAAAGUGCAUUAUCCUCAUGAUUCCUGUAAUAAAUGUGUCUGCCCUGCC